CCUUCUGUAAAAUAGUAAAAUGUUAUAUGUCUGUAUAAACUUUUUAAACAGAGAGGAUUCAACACAUUUUCAGUUGACUUUAUCUUAUUAAGUAGCAUGAUGCUGUUAAAAGUCAGUAUGUAUUUAAUAGUAGCAAUAUGUGGGCUAUAUCUGCUCAAUUUGUGUACAGCAGAAAAGAUCUUGCUUUUUCCACUACAAUCUGGAACAACGUCUAGACUUCGUAAUCUCGAAAAAAUGGCAGAUAUCUUGACUGAUGCUGGACAUUCUGUUGCUAUGCUAAGAAAUGAUAGACUUGGGACACCUCAGUUUUCAUCUACAAAUAUCAAAGUUUUUGAGUUUAUCAUGCCUGAAGGAUAUGUUCCAUUUGAUGAUCCAGGUGUAGUAGAGAAAAUGAUGCAGAUGUCAAUUAUUAAACUCUUUGACUUAGCUACAGGAUACUCAAGUUUGAUUUGUGACGUCAUCUUAAAAAGUGAUAUUCUAAAAAAAAUAAAAUAUAUGGAUUAUGACCUCCUUAUUGCUGAUUAUACUGAACUAGCAUCACAUAUUGUGUCAGGAGUCCUGAAAAUACCCACAAUUGCUUAUGCCAAUGAAGGUACAUAUCCAGAUUCAUUUGUUGGUACUUUAAAAGUUGGCCAUCCUGUGCCAUGGGCAAUCACUCCAAUGGUUUUUAUGCCAUAUUCAGAUUCAAUGACAUUUGUACAAAGACUGAUUAACACUGGAGCAUGGUUGGGAUGGGGGUAUGGCUCAUACUCAUCUAACAUUCAGCUAAAGAAGAUUAUUACAAAGUACAGUUUGAAUAUUUCAACAGAUACUGCUGGCCUCAGUAGAGUAUGUCUUGUUUUAAGUAACAAUCACAUUGCAUUGGAUUACCCCAGAC